UGUUCAACAGUCCAGCAGUGAAGUCAAGUCCCGAGUGUGUGUGAUGUGCAGUGUUCUUUUUUCCGUACAAAUUUUCGCUUGAUUUGUUGCCCGAAAGAACGGCAAUUUAAUUGAAAGUGUUAUUUCGACGAUUAACUAACUUUGUCCGGUAAAGUUCAGUCGGAAUUCGGCUGAUUCUUUGGUGUACUUGGUCAUUUGGAUUUUUUCAUAUGACAUACUGACUGCUGUAAUUGAUUGUGUUCUCUCUUUCUAACUAUCGUGUGGGGCCCGUGCUUUGGAGAAAACAAGGGAAGGAAAGCGGAUAAUUUGUGGAAGUGUGAAAGAGACGAAGUAUCGGUGGAGGAACGGAAGCUUCAAUGACGGCCAGUCUCCUAUCGUAAUGAUUAUGACGGUGAUCAUGAUUGUGAUCUAGCUGCAAAUAUAGCAACAUGUUUUUGAUGAAGUAAUGGACGAAGCUUCGUGAUCACUUUGAUGCGGUGUGAUAAUUGUGUUAGUGGAGUUUUCUCGCUCUCGUCGGUGAUUGUUAAUUGCUGUUCAAAGCUGCUGAAAAAAUAGCGAAAAAACUGCAAUCUGAAUACAAUAAGCGCAGAGCAGAGUGUUCGUUUUUUUUAUUCGCUUGCCCUGAUAAGAAACUGAUCACGGUUAGUUGUUGUGCUUGUAUUGUUUGUCUCGAGAAAACACCGCAAGGCUAGCGGAAUAAAAUGAACGAGAUUGAGGCGUUAAGAGCUGAGGCAGAACAGCUGAAAAAUGCCAUUCGUGAUGCUCGUAAGGCCGCCUGUGACACGUCUAUCCUGCAGGCCACCAGCCAACUGGAAGCAGUCGGUCGAAUUCAGCUUCGAACCCGACGAACCCUGCGGGGGCAUUUAGCCAAAAUCUAUGCUAUGCACUGGGGCAGUGAUUCACGAUAUUUGGUAUCUGCCUCACAGGACGGUAAACUAAUCGUAUGGGAUUCACAUACAACCAACAAAGUUCAUGCCAUUCCGUUACGAUCUUCCUGGGUAAUGACCUGUGCAUAUGCUCCAUCCGGAAAUUACGUUGCAUGCGGAGGUUUGGACAACAUCUGCUCAAUUUACAAUUUGAAAACACGCGAAGGAAACGUCAGAAUCGCACGAGAAUUGGGAGGCCAUACAGGCUAUCUGUCUUGUUGCAGAUUUUUGGAUGAUAACCAAAUUGUUACCAGUUCCGGGGAUAUGUCCUGCGCCUUGUGGGACAUCGAAACCGGUCAACAGGCGACUUCAUUCCAGGGCCAUUCAGGAGACGUGAUGGCUCUAUCGCUAGCACCCCAAAGUAAAACCUUCGUAUCGGGGGCCUGUGAUGCAACUGCCAAAUUGUGGGAUAUCCGUGAGGGCCAGUGCAAGCAAACAUUCCCAGGUCACGAGAGCGAUAUAAACGCGGUAGCAUUCUUCCCUAGUGGGCAAGCUUUCGCAACCGGAUCGGAUGAUGCCACCUGUCGGCUGUUCGACAUCCGUGCCGAUCAGGAACUGGCCAUGUAUUCGCACGACAACAUCAUCUGCGGUAUCACCUCGGUAGCGUUUUCGAAAUCCGGUCGUUUGCUGCUGGCCGGAUACGACGACUUCAACUGCAACGUAUGGGACACCAUGAAGGCGGAACGGGCCGGUAUCCUUGCGGGGCAUGACAACCGGGUUUCCUGUUUAGGUGUAACGGAUAAUGGAAUGGCUGUUGCAACCGGAUCCUGGGACUCGUUCUUGCGUGUUUGGAAUUAGAAAACCACCUGAAUCCCGAAUAACGACGAUCGAGCACAACGAAAACGAAGGCCCCACAUCGUCUAAAAAUGCAAAAAUCAAGUUAUAGUAAAGCGCGCGGUAACGUAGCGAACUGAUGAGGUACCGCUUCAAGUGAUCCCGCCACCCAAUUCAUUAUGUCAGAGGAAUAAAGAAAAAGGAAUCGCAUGUGCCUUCUGGAGUUUCACGUGACCGCGUACGAUUGAGAGAAUAGAGGUAAGAUUCCUUGUGGGCAGCUUCAAAGCACAGCUAGAGCAGCUCGAGCAAGCCAAAACUUGUAUCAGUAAGUAAAGUGCCUUUUCUACAAACAAUUGUUAUGAAUGCACUAGAUUUAUGUGCACAAUUCCCAGAUUCCAGUCGUACAGUAUCAGUACUAACAAUAUUCGAUUACAAUAUAGCACACACAGAAACAACCAGCACAAAAAGGAUCAACGCAGCAAAGAAACAAAUAACUAGUUUGUAGGAGGUAAAUAUUUCAUCUUGCUUUUGUUUGUCAUUUUACGUACACUACAUUUUCGAAGUAAAGUUUAACUAGAGCGAACAAGGCGCGAAAGGAAAUUUUAUACAACUUUCACUACUACUCUAGAUAGUAUCUAUUUAAAGAAAAAAAAAAACAUAGAUUAUAUACAAGUCUUUAAAGGUAUCCGCUGUAAAAGGAUCUUCGUAUUUUUAUUAUAUAGUAAGUAAUUUAAACAAUGGCCUUACACGCGAAAUAAGCAACAGAUUGGCAGACUCAAAAUUUCAAGUCUUAAUUUAUUUGUAUGUCUCUGAAGCAUAGUGACAUUUCGGCCACGAAUGUUUGUUCUGUUGAUACGUAACGAUCGAUUCGGAAUACAUUGAGAAGGUAUAAAUGCAUUCAUUCUACUAUCCAACUAAUGCCAGGGCCAAUUAUUCAAUUUAUCCCGAAUAAGUAGAUCGGAAAAGAAAGAAAACAAUGGAAAAAAUCUUUUAACUAUUUGAUAAAUAUAUACUUCUAGGACGACACAA